AGACAAGAUUGCUGGACAUGCUUCAACGGUAAAGUCUACAACCUCUCGCCUUAUCUCCGCUUUCAUCCCGGCGGCGAAAAGGAAUUGAUGCGCGUAGCUGGCAGGGAUGGCACGCGGCUAUUCAUGCUCACACACUCUUGGGUCAAUAUCGACGCCAUGAUCGAUGCGACCAUGAUCGGCAUGAUGGUCCCCGAGCAUUGAGGCAUGCGUGGCCACAAGGAGAGAUUGCCUGCGCGUGGCGACAAUGAAGGCGAGAAGGAAGCCCAGAUGCCCGCGCGUGGCGACAAGAAAGCCGGUAACGCGCGCGUGGCGCUCGCUGUAGGCAACCAUCCUCCGCUCGACAAGGGCGCAGCAGGUGGGGUGGCGUACCGCACGCGCAACAACAACAACGCUCGCGCAGCUCCUACAAGAGCGCGGACGAUCCAUCUGCUACGGCCACGCUUGCACGCUCCCCCCCACCAUUUUUGCGCCAUGAUCUUGGCUCGAUCUGGCGCACUCGCGCUUCUUGUCCUCGGUGGCAUCAGCGCGCUCCCGCUCCCGCUUCCGCUCCAUCCAUCAUGCUUCGACUGCCUUCGCUCCACACAGACCCAUUCAGGCUGGCCAGCCAUUCCACACCAAGCGCACGAGUACGCUGAUCCACUGGCAGUGGAGCACAAGGGGCUCUACGACUCGAUGCGAUGGAGCAGCAGCAGCAGCAGCGGCGGCGGCGGCGGCAGCAGCAGCAGCGGUAAGAGCAAGUCGAUCGCGAAUGGACACCAGCAGCAGCACGUCGUCGACGAGGACCUUUGGCCCAUCUCGCCUCGCCGGCACUACGUCCCACCAGGCACCGAGUGGAAGUAUGAAGCAGCGCAUGGACACCUUCGACAAGUAUCGGGUUUGGGCAGAUACGUCGCGCAACCAUUUCAAGUGCGGCCGGGCGAUCGAUUCUUUGAUGCGGUCGAGGGUGGUAGAGUGGUGGGCAAGGUGCAUUUCGACGACGAGCCCUCGGGCGGCGGCGGGCGUGCUGCUGCGCAACAAGGGCGCGCGCUGGGCGUGUCGCGUUUGAAGGGUGUGUACGAUGCGAGAAGAACGAAAGCGGGCGUGGUGGUCAGACCCCGGGCGAAGGAGGCGGUCAAGAUGCUGGAGCAGAUGAGCAGAGGGGGGCGCGCGUAGCCGUGGCGAACGAGCGUGGAGCGGCCUGGCGCGCGCCGAAA